GCAUAACGGGGGUUUAUAUAUUCACAUCUCCUCUCCCAAAUGGUUGUUAGCAUCAUAUGCAGCAUAAACCGCAGCCCACCAUGUUGCGUUUUUUUUCUGAGCAUAGACGAUUCUCGAAUCCCAUGUUCAGCUCGCCACUAUCCCUUCAGCUACUCAAGAUGUCCUAUCCAUGUCAAUCUCCUGCGUGCCCGAUCAUAAUCAGGUCUAAUCAAGUUCUACCGUCCGUGGGGCGACCAUCGUUCGUCUGCUUCCGAUUAUUCGCUUUGAAAUCGUGAGCUGAACUGAUCUGGUAUUGUGGAGCCUACGCAGUCAUUGCCUGGCCCACAGUGUGCCCCGCACUAGCACUACGAUCGGAAAUAACAGAAGAGAUCGCUGCACGAGCUAUAGUACCGAGGUGGAGAGGAAAGACCUGUUGUUGAUCCGUUGCCAGCCACAAUCUGUGCGAUCUGGCACUAAGUAUUGAUAUACCGACAUUCUUACUGCCGAUAGUUGCGAGGGGCGGGUAUAGCCCUCAUUCUAUUAGUCGCGCGCAUGCAUAGAAUACGUUCAUCAUCUAGUACGCAGUAAAUCCCGUCGUGAAAGAGGGGUUUUGGGGGUAACGUGGAAUAACCCUGUAAUGUUUAUCAAAUCGAGUUAUUCCGCAGUAAAUGAUUCCGUCGUGUCCCAGCUGCAGCUUCACCCUCAUCUACGUGUCAUCCUGUCCCUCGCCAACAUCACUGACACCGACGAUCCUCCGCUGCCCAAUCAGGCAAGGUACAGCCCCACGCCUUUGCGUUAAGGUAGGAGGGGCUUUGUUGAUGCUGGCCAAUUGUUGGGGUUGGAUGAUCAGGUGUCAAAUUUCUAUCCAGAGGUGGAAGUGCGUGGUAAAGCCGCUAGAGCGUGGGUGAGAAUGAGGAUGGCAACCACGCUUCCACUGUCGUACGAAACGAGGCUCGUUAAGAGCCAGUAGGUUCUGAAGUUGGCCUUGAGAGUGGGUUUGUGGAGCGUUGUGUUGGACUGGAAAUUGCUCCACCACAUCUCCACCAAGGAAAGUAAAGAUCUGCAAUAGCGGUCAGGUCACAAUUAGGCGAGAUAUUGAACAUCUUCAAAGCUGACUGCUGCAGGACGACGAAGGCUAUGCCAAGGCCGUAUACAGAGUAAUUGGAGCCAUUCGAUACUCUGCUGACCUCAUC